AUGUGCCAAGUGGCCGGAGUGAGAUCGCGAUAUCGGUUGGAGUAUGGCGCCGACAUCAGAUAUUCGGUGACUGUCGGUCGUAUGUUCGUGGGGCGCUCGCGUGAUAUCGACGUGUAUGAAAACAGUGUUGUUCACGAGCUCGGCGAGGGGGUGGCACCGCGCACCGCCAUGGCAGGUAAUCGGUCCCCGACACGCGACGAGAGCCCGACAGACGUUUACAAACAUUUCGAUUACGCUGCUGUAAAAUGUGCUUCUUCGCCACGCACUAAUGCGCUGUCAACAAAGCCGCGGCUGCCUUUGGCAGCGUUAGCGACUGACACACCGCGCAACCACCCGCCCAACAAUGUCAACUCUCAUGGCAUUACGCUGCUUCAAGACGCUGGUACGUCGGAUGAUAGUGGCCGGGCAUCAGAACGGCUCACGGGUAGUUCAGUCGCACCACGCGAUCCUGACUCCUCGCGCGACCGUCUUAGUGACGCCAGUAGCCGCUGUAGUUCCGGAAAAGGCUAUAUCUGUGAUAGUGAAGGCGACGACGAUAAGGCAAGUCCAGAAAAUAGUAGAAAUGCUUCACCAAGGUAUCGCGAUGCAUCAAUGGAAGAUGCAUCGGAAGCUGGCUCUCUGUUCCGGGUAACGGGCGCGGGCGGUGGUGGUGGCGGUGGCAAGAACGAGCUAGUGGCGCGGGGCGGCAGUGGCGGCGCGCUUGCUCUCUCGCGAGCGCCUGUCGGUGGCAGCGCCAGCCCCGCCCCCGCGCCCUUGCCCCAACCCGCGCCGUCGCCCGCGCCAGCCGCCCUGCCACCACCAGCACUGCCACCGCCGCCUUUCCGUGCCGACACACCACACCGACCCAACGGCGCUCAUAUUCCCACACUCGACGGACACGCCGCCACCCAAAUACCGGCACGGCCCGUCGGUGCCGCCGGGCCUGACACUCCGGAGCGACCCGCCAGCAAUAAUAAACUGCAACCAGGCGCGAGAGCCGCCGCCGAUAGCCCGACACCCGCACCGCCUGCUCCUCCUGCCCCGUCUCCGCUCUUUCCCUCGCACACUGCCUACCAGUCACACGCUGCGGCCGCAUUACCCGACUACCGACAUACGAACCAUGAGACGCGGACUGAACAGCCCGAGCAGCCACCGGCACCGUUGGACCUUCACGCGCAUCACACGCCUCGCCCACCACCUAUCGUUCCGACUACUACGCAAGCGUCUCUACCUAGUCUACCUAUUCGUGUACCGCAUUCGCAACCACACCCGGUGAUGCCGGGACAUGACGUCCGGAACGUCCCUGUAUCCGCAUCUGCUCAUCCUUCUGUUCCUAUCUCGUUCCCAAACCGUGUAAAUGGAGUGCCUCCAAGUAUCGCACCACACUCAACGCCACCGUCUAAUCCGAGCUGUCUUCCGAAUCAAACUAUAACCGGUCGGCCCGUCUCUCCGGCUACUCCAAUUUCCCGCCCGUAUCCUGUCACGACGAUCGGGUCUAGUCAUGUAAACUCGAGUGUAAAUUCCAGUAUUCACAAUCAUUCAAUACCAUAUCAAAGUCAGUCGAGUUUACCUAAACAUUCCGUUCAACCCGUUUACACGAACCGACCUCCACAUCUUGCACCGUUUAGCGUGUCUAAUCAUAUCCCUCCCACUCAUAUACAACCUUCCUCAUCAAACCAACCAACUGCCACGCAUAUGAGUCAUCCCGUAAAUAGUCAUUCCAUCAUGAACCAUUCAAAUCAUCUGCCUAUGAAUAAUUCCACUCCAUUAAUAACAUCGACACCAAAUCACAUCGGUCCGCCAUUGUCAUUAUCAUCCACGACCAGUACCAUAUCAAGUUACACGGCAAGCCUAAAACAUCCUGGUCUAAGUUUACCGCCGCAUCCAAUUGCUCUUGCACCACCCACUUCGAUACAUGCGUCAAUCAACCAUGUGGACGCCUCUCCUACGACGAGUGUUGCGCCAACUGUUAUUCCUCCCGUGACGAGUUCCAACAGUCACCCAUUAGCACUGCCAGUAGUGGACUCUAGGCAACCUCCUGUGUCGUCGAGCGACCUUCCGGCGCGGACAGAAAGCCCAGCUAUUAGUUCUACAACUACUUCCAAUGGGUUUCCGCCGCCCGCAGGCUAUUCCAGCGCUGCCUACCCGCUCUAUGCGCCCUAUGCUACUACACUUCAACAUAGUCCCUACCUUCCACCUGCUGCAGCCUCACCAAGAAAUUCAACUGACACGAGGACAAGUCUCUCGGCAUCUCCACUGGUAGCUCCCAAAACGCCUAAAGGUGUUCGACCACACACACCAGGCUCCACAGGAGCAGCGGGUGCCGCACCUUUGUCACACGCGCCUAUCUCGUAUUCACCACGCGGACAUAGUCCGAACAGAGAACGAGAGAGUUUCAGCAGCAACAUUAGUAGUCUGUCGCGCAGUACUCCAGCAUCGGCCGCCAGCGCGCCGGUAUCAGCGCCGCCGCUCGCACCCUCGCUCGUACCACCUCUCGCCGCACCACUCGCGACUCCCCUAGCGACGCCUCUGGGCGCUCCAUUGGGUGCUCCGCUGGUGGGCGUGGGAGCUGCGCUGGCGGCUCCCACGCCGACGCCCGCGGCACCCACGCCCACACACCUCACGCACUCGCUGGCACCGGUGCCCACCGUGCCCAGCAUCAGCUCCAGUGCCAAACCGCCCGCCCACUGGGGGGUAACCAGGCCGACGGGUGCAGAGCGCAGCGGCUUUGCGCCUGCGCCACCACUAUUCGGCGCACCGCUUCCUCCGCCUAACCCGAACCCGUUCUCAGCUGAAUCUCUUUUUCAAACCAGUCCGAGUGCAGACUUGCUGCGGCGCGAGCUCGACAACCGGUUCCUGGCGGCGGCGGGCGCGGUGGGUACGAUGGGCGUGGGCGGCGUGGGCGCGGUGCGCACGGAGAUGCACCACCACCAGCACCAGCACACGCACGUGCACCAGCACACGCCGCACGCGCCGCACCCGCCGCACGCGCAGCACGCGCAGCAUCCGCAGCACGCGCAACACACGCAGCACCCUCCGCACCCGCACCAGCUGCUCGUGCCGCACGCGCCUCUCUACAAAGAUGUCAGUAAAAUGAAUUCACUAUACCGAAGCGGGUUGGGACUGGGCUACGGGUACGGAUCGAGUCUGUUACACCCCGCGGCGCCGUAUGUACCGCCCACGCCGCUUACCACCUAUGCUCCUAAGCCCGUAGUGUCAGCUGCAAGCGACCCCGCCACUAAACCACAACCACGACCCACUGUUGCGAAAACCGGAAAAUGGAAUGCGAUGCACGUGAGAAUCGCGUGGGAGAUCUACAACCAUCAGCAGAAGGAAAAGACCGGGGGCGGCAGCGUGCUGCCCGGCGGCGACAAAGACAAGCUACGGCCGUUCCCUGCGCCCGCACCGCCGCCGCCCACCGCCUACCGCUCGCCGUACGAGUUGCCGCCCGCGCCCUACCUGCCGCACCACGCGCCGCUAGGUACCAUCCGCCUCGAGCCCUCGCGGCACCCCGCGCUAGCGUCGCCGCUCCCGCCCCUGUCGCCCCUCGCGCCGCCUACUCAUGGAGGUUUGCGCGUUUCAGGGGUAUCGCCGUUCGCUCGAUACGGCGCCGGCGCUUUCCCCGGCGCCCCCGCCGCGUUCGGCCUCUCCCCGUACGGGCGCGAUCUCGCGCUCUCCUCAUCGCUGCACGGUGUCCACCAUGCGCCGCCCCUGGGCGCCUUGCACGACGCGUGGCGCGGCGUCCGACCGCCGCCCGCCGUCGCCGUGUCCGCAUCCACCUCGGUCGCCGCCGAGGUGCGCCGCGAGCACGAAGAACGCGAACGCGCGCGCCGCGAACGGGAGGAGCGCGAACGCAGAGACCGCGAGGAGCGCGAGCGGCGUAAGGCGAGAGAGCAACGCGAGCGGGAGCUCGAGCGGACGAGGACGCGCUCCCCGCUCAGGAACGGCGCGCCAGAAGGGAUGAAGGAUGAGCGCAAAGAACCCCCGCGGCCGCCUCCCCCCUCGCUAGCUACAUACCCGCCACCACCGCCCUGGGACCCGUACCGCGCGUUCGACACGCUCCACCACAUGCGAUUUGCGCCACUCCUGGAGGCGACGAUCCGCGCAGAGGAGGACCGCGCCAAGAUGCUGAGCGCGUACGCCCACCACCAACAGCUGAAGUCGUCGCCGCUGCUGCACCGCGCGUUGCCGCCACAUGCACCCCUGCCGCCGCUGGGUGCGCACCCGCCACUAGCGCCGCUGGCGCCGCUCGCUCCGCCGCUCGCCCCGCUCGCGCCGCUCGCUCCAUUAGACCUGCUCAAGAAGGAGGAACCACGAUGAUAACGACGCGGCGCGACCGCCGGCUCCAACUGUACAUAGAGUAGUGUAAACGACGUCGCAAGUGAGAGUACGACUAAUUUAAUGUAUAUCGUUUCGCAUUAUCGGUUUAGAAAAUUAUUUAUUCUAACGUCGCUUGCCGAUCGACGGUCGCUAGUCUCGCCGGGCGACGCCGCCUCGCUCGUCCGCCACCCGCGCGAGGCGGCGCGAAGGCUCCCCUCCCGGUAUGUGCAAUAUAGGACGAAGACAUUGGGCGCAAGCCGCCGCCGGCCUGUACACUACUGCUUGUUUAUUUACAUGGAAAAUAUCUAUCGAGUUGUUAUUGUGACCAUUAUUAGUUAAUUAUACAUCAAAUUGCUGAUUAUGUCGAAGAUAGGGUUAUCGAAAUCACUAUCGAUAUAAUUAUACAUAUUUAUAUAUACUUUAUAAAUAAAAUGUAAAUAUUAGUACGUAAAUUAGUGUUAAAGUAUAGAAUUGGUUUAUUUAACGUCAUACAAAGGAAAAUCCCAUAAAUUAUUGUAUCGGGAGUAUAAUUUACACUUCCGUUAAAAAUCUCAAUGGUUUUUCUAUUGUACCAAUGGAAUUUUAUUUAUUAAUUUGAUGCUCCUACUAGUAACAAAGUUAAAAUAAUACAAGUUUGUAUAGCAGUUGUGACAUUUAUCAUUUAAAUGCAUUUAAAAGUAUGUGAUAUUAUUGUAUUGUGAAAUACAGUUUGUCUGACAACAAAGUAGUAUCUCUGGUAAAUUAAAUAGGACUAUUAUAAUAUUCAUUACAGUAAAUGGUGAAACCUGUAUAAAUAUUUCAUAAAUUAUUUUGAAAUGUUUUCAUUUAAAAUAUUUGCAAUAAAUUUUGGCGAUAAGUAACUAUCUAGAAAUCAAUUUGUAAACAAGUAAUAAACUCAUUGCAUUGAUUGCCACUGAGUCAGACAAAAUUAAAUUUUAGUCUGUUGUAACACGUUACAUCAGAUAAUUUACGUUUUUAUAAUCUCACGACCGACUCCGAUGUGUAUUAUAGUUUACAAAAUCAUUCUGUAUACUAAAAAGUAAAUGAAAGCUUGGUGCGAUUCAGAAAAUACCAUUAAAACUUUUGAUUUUUAUACCAAUAA